UAAUGUGUCUCAGCACAUCCAACACAUUAGACUACUAGUGUACUGCAGCUACACAAUUGGGAGACAACCAAACAUUAUAUCAUCAUUGUUUAUUUGUAGAAUGAUUUAGAAAACAAAAUGCUGUACAGGUUUGUCAAAACUAUUUCAACCCAUAUUAGAACUUUGAAUUGAUUUCCUUCAUGUUAGUAGCUGUGAUUUUGCCUAAUCCACACAUUUUCUCUAACCUUAAACAAUACUAGUCUUUUCCUAAUUAUAACAUUAUCUAAACCUUAAUUGGCAUUUUACCUCUAAAUGUUACCCCUGACCCAAAGCAAUGAGUCCAUCAUAUUAGGACCAGGCUUUAGUCCUAAUAUGAUGGAACUAAUGCAGUGUUUCUCAAUUCCGGUCCUCAGGCCCCCUACUCUGUAUGUUUUAGGUGUUCCCACACAUCUGAAUCAAAUCUGUGGGUGAUUAACAGGCUUCUGCAGUUCUUGAUGACUGUAGAAGAGAUCAUGCAAAUAUUUGGAUCAGCUGUUCUGAAAUAGAGACACAUCUAAAACAUACAGAGGAGGGGAGUUUAAGGACUGGAAUUGAGAAGCACUGACCUGAUGUGACACUGGACAUAUAAUGGUGCGUUCACACCAGAUGUGUUUUGAGGCGAGUCUGGUUUGCAUUCAAAGUCUAUGUGGAGGUGCGUUGAGGGCUAUUGCGACACACUUUGAACCUGUUUAGAGCAUUUGACACAUCUAGUGACGACAUCAUAGAGUGAUGUAAUCACUGCCAAUGUCAUUGUUACCAGUGGAACUGAACAUUCUAAUGGUGCAUUCACAUCAAGCACGUUUUGAGCAUCAGGAGAGCGGGAACCCCCAGGUGGUGUUUAUGCAGCUUGAUCUGGCAAGUUUAAAGUCAGUUCACCGUUUUGCUGAAACCUUUCUUAAGACUGAACCUAGACUGGACAUCCUCAUCAACAAUGCAGGUGUUCUAAGUCCUGGCUGCACUGAGGAUGGCUUUGGCCUGGCCUUUGGGGUCAACCACCUGGGUCACUUCCUGCUGACCAACCUCCUGCUGGACCGGCUCAGGCGCUGCGGCCCCAGCCGAGUCAUCACCGUGUCUGCUCUCUUGCACCGCUUCGGGAGCAUCGACUUCCAGCUGCUGGCUCCACAGACAGACGCGGCGCCCCCCCAGUCUGCCUGGUCCAGCCUUCAGGCCUACUGUAACAGCAAACUCUGUAAUGUGCUCUUCACCAGGGAGUUGGCCAACCGGCUGGAAGGCACUGAUGUUACCUGUUACACCCUGCACCCAGGAGUAAUCUACACAGAACUGUGUCGUAAUCUGAGCCAGUGGCUGCAGCUCCUCAUGAUGCCCUUAGCCAAACUGUUCUUCCUGGACCCCAGCGGAGGAUGUCAGACCACCCUGUACUGCGCCCUCCAGGAGGGCAUCGAGCCGCUCAGUGGCAGAUAUUUCUCCAACUGUGCUCUCCAACAAGUUGGAGCUAACGGGCGAGAUGAUGGCCUGGCAAAGAAGCUUUGGGAAGUAAGUGAGAGGUUAACAGGUAUGGCCUGAAGCACCAGAGGGCCGUUCACAACUCUUCUUAUAAAGUCCAACUUGUGUCUGAAUUUUCAUGCACUUCUUUCGUUUGCUUUAAUAAAGCCAAGUAUCCCUUGAA